CAGCACGUGCAGCAGCCCCCCGCCAUUUCUGGUGGUUCGAAGGCGCUGCACGAGGCCAGAGGCGAGGGCGGGAGGAGCCAGAGGGCGCGUCUGUGAUUGGUGGGCCCAGAGAGCCUGGGCUCCGGUGAUUGGACAAGGAGGCAGCUCUGUGGCCCGCGUAGGGUUCUGGGUAGCAGAGGCCUGGAAAGGGGCUUAACCGAAAGGGGGAGGGGGCAGCUGGCCCACAAACGGCUGAGCUCACAAUCCGGGCCGUCACCAGGCCGGACGCCCCCCUCCCCUCCAAUGGAGAGAGCCAAGCCAGAGCCGCCGCCGCCACAGUCCCGCCAACAGCCGCGGGCCACCCUGCCACGCCCGCUGCGCCCCGCCCCGCCCCCGCAGCCGCUCGACGGCACCGCCUUUCGGGGGGUGGCAGCCGCCGAGCCUCCCCUGUCGCCUCCUGCCCCGAGCGCGGCGGCCGCCAUUGCGACCAUGGCCUCGUCGUGCGGGGAGCCCGUGGCCCGGCGGCUGAUGCAGGGGAAGGCCGAGCAGGUGCUGCUGCUGCCGUCGGGCCUGGACGAAGGCCCCGCCGCCGCGGCGCCUGCGCAGCCUGUGCGGCUGCUGCCCCUGAGACCCGAGCUGCCGCCGGCGGCCCCCGACGUGCUCCCCGCGCAGCUGCAGGUCAAGGCCGAGCAGCCCGAGCCCGCGCCAGGACCCGCCCCGCCCCCGCCCGGCCGAGCCUCCAGAGCGCCCGCGGUGGACGGAGGGGGCGACCAGGGCAGGACGGAGGCCGGGGAGGCCCUGCGGGACUCGGCGAAAAGCGAGGAAAGCCAGAGCCUGGUGGUUUUCAGAGACGGAGGCAUCAAAACGGAGGAGCCGGAGCGAUUCCGCGAGGACGGCUCGGCCAAUGGCCUGGUCCACGGCGGCGCCAAGGAGGUGCUCCUGGCCCAGCCGGCCGGAGCCUUCGGGCCGCACCCGCAGGACCUCCGGAUCCCCCUGACUCUGCACCCGGUGCCGGCCGGGGCCCGCAUCCAGUUCCAGGGUCCUCCCCCUUCUGAGCUGAUCCGACUGACCAAGGUCCCCUUAACGCCAGUGCCCAUUAAAAUGCAGUCUCUACUGGAGCCGUCGGUGAAAAUCGAAACCAAGGACGUCCCGCUCACCGUGCUGCCCUCAGAUGCAGGAAUACCAGAUACUCCCUUCAGUAAGGACAGAAAUGGUCAUGUGAAGCGACCAAUGAAUGCAUUUAUGGUUUGGGCAAGGAUCCACCGGCCAGCACUAGCCAAAGCAAACCCAGCAGCCAACAAUGCAGAAAUCAGUGUCCAACUCGGAUUAGAGUGGAACAAACUUAGUGAAGAACAAAAGAAGCCGUAUUAUGAUGAAGCACAAAAGAUUAAAGAAAAACACAGAGAGGAAUUUCCUGGUUGGGUUUAUCAGCCUCGUCCAGGGAAGCGAAAACGCUUCCCUCUCAGUGUUUCCAAUGUAUUUUCUGGUACCACACAGAAUAUCAUCUCUACAAAUCCUACAACAAUAUAUCCUUACCGCUCACCUACCUAUUCUGUGGUAAUUCCCAGCCUACAGAACACCAUAGCUCAUCCAGUUGGUGAAGCCCCACCUGCCAUCCAGAUGCCCACACCUGCAGUCCAGCGCCCCAGCCCCAUCACCCUUUUCCAGCCCAGCGUCUCCAGUGCUGCCCAGGUGGCUGUCCAGGCUCCAAAUCUGCCCCUGCGCCCGGCACUCCCACCCCAGCGCUUUGCCGGGCCCUCCCAAACGGACCCUCACAGGCUACAUUCUGGAGCCAGCCGCUCUGUGAAGAGACCCACCCCUGUCUCUCUGGAGAGCACUAGCAGAAUUCCAACCAGUGCAAGUACUGCCCAUGCCAGAUUUGCCACAUCCACCAUCCAAUCUCCCAAGGACUAUCCUAGUGUUUCUACCUGUCCUCGAAGUGCACCGAUGCCCCCAGCUCCACCUAUUCCUCACUCGCACGUCUACCAGCCCCCACCCCUUGGUCAUCCAGCAACCUUGUUUGGGACUCCACCUCGAUUCUCUUUUCACCACCCAUACUUCCUCCCUGGACCUCACUACUUUCCAUCAAGCACGUGUCCUUAUAGUCGACCUCCCUUUGGCUAUGGAAAUUUUCCAAGUUCGAUGCCAGAAUGCCUUGGUUAUUAUGAAGACAGGUACCAAAAACAUGAGGCCAUGUUUUCAGCUUUAAAUAGAGACUACCCUUUUAGAGACUACCCAGAUGAACGCACACACAGUGAAGAUUCUCGAAGCUGUGAGAGCAUGGAUGGGACCACUUACUAUAACACCCACAGCCACAGUGGGGAAGAGUACUUAAAUCCCAUGCCUCAGAUGGACAUUGGAGCCUUGGAGAAUGUCUUCACAGCCCCGACAUCAACUCCCUCAAGCAUCCAGCAAGUCAAUGUCACUGAUAGUGAUGAUGAGGAAGAAGAAAAAGUGCUCAGGAACUUAUAAUUUUAUAACAAAAUAUGCACAGAAAAAUAAACAUUUCUUAAAAUAUAUGCUGGUUCAGUUGAUGUGAGAAAGAACAAAAGCCUUGAGUGCUUUGCUGAGAGUUUUCAGCCAUGAUCUGAGCAAUCAAAACCAAACACAAUUCGUGUCUUCAUAAAAUUCUGAUUAGUGAAACUGCAGUCCUGAUGUUUCAUCAUAGGAAUAUUUAAGAUAUGAAGUAGUUUAUUUUUAUGGCUGACAUUUGCAUCAACCUUUAUCAUCAUUACUUCCUCAUGGAGUGCCGAAUCCAAAAUACCAAAUCCUCACAAGUUAUAUGUGAGGAAAUAAGGGAGUAAAUCUCUGGCAUGACAACUGUGAUUUGUAUUUUAUCUCAGGAUACAUUUAUUUAUUUUUCUUAUAUGAUUUUUUGUUUAGUGUUUAUGUAAUACUUAUGAAUGUUGUCCAUUUUGAUGCGACAUUUUGAAAAUAUUUCAAUAACUUUUAGUAAAUUGGGACUCAGUAACUAAAUUUAAUUUACACUAAUAACGAAUUUUAAGUUGCAAAUGUGUUUUAAUGACACAUGGGUAAUUCCUUCAGCUAAAUUCACCAUUUCUGUUCCUAAACACUUUCAUCAUCCUUUUUGAAUAUCUUUUCCCAUUUGGUAUGCAUUGUUCUACUUUUGUUAUAAUUAAAUAAACAUAGAUGAAAUUA